AUGCCACCCACUAAGGACAAGUCUAAGGUUCACAAAUUGUCCCUGAAAGGGUCGUCCAAGCUUGUCGCAGAAUUCUUUGAAUACUCUAUCAAUUCCAUCCUUUUCCAACGAGGAGUCUAUCCCCCAGAAGACUUCACGACUGUCAAGAAAUAUGGCCUCAACAUGCUCAUUACUUCCGAUGACCAGGUCAAGGCCUACAUCAAAAAAAUCAUGUCGCAGUUGAAUAAGUGGAUGAUGGGAGGCAAGAUCUCCAAACUUGUUGUAGUCAUCACGGACAAGGAAACUGGGGAGCACGUGGAGAGAUGGCAAUUCGACGUCCAAAUAUUCGGGAAGCAGAGCAAGAGUACGAAGUCCCGGGCUUCCGGUGACAAGGAAAACACCGGUCCAGACAACGCCGACCCUCAAGCCCCCGUUGAGAAAACAGAGAAAGAAAUCCAAGAGGAAAUCCAGGCUAUUUUCCGCCAAAUUACCGCUUCGGUCACCUUCCUCCCUGUCCUAGACGGAGACUGCACAUUCAACGUCCUUGUGUAUGCCGACGCCGACUCCGAGGUACCGGUCGAAUGGGGUGACAGCGACGCCAAGGAGAUCAAGAACGCAGAGAAGGUCCAGCUCAGGAGUUUCAGCACGAACAACCAUCGUGUAGAAACAUUGGUCAGCUAUCGUCUUGCGGACUAG